AUGAAAAUAAUUUUAUUUACUGUUUUAUUUCAUGUAUUUGCUUUUUUUUCAAAUGGUGAGAACAUACUAAAUUUUCAGAAAAUAAUCAAAUUUCUUAAAGAAAGUAAUGUCAUACCUGAUUUCGUUCCUAACAUUUUAGAAGAAGCAAUUGUAGUAAUCCCUCCAUAUUUGAUAUAUAAGUAUAAAGAUAAAGUGUACCACUUACACAAUGAUGUUGAUAUUUCAUUAGAUGAACAACCUGAACUUUUUGAGACAGAUGGUGUUAUGCCAGAACCCUUAGUAGCGGAUGGAUCAGCAAGCAAGAUAAUAGAAGGACCAACAAUAAAACCAGCAUUGGAACCAGCAGGUGACAUAGAAGUACCACAAGAAAAACCAGUAGCACAUCCGAUUGUUCCAGAAGUAGAAACAGUAGAUGGAAAAACAUUACCCAUUGGUGGUGAAGAAGGAAAACUCACACCAAAAGAAGAAGAACUAGUAGACAUAAAUGAAGAAACAGGAAUUGGGGUGCCCAAAGAAAUAGCUGAAAAAGAAGCAAAAGAAAAAGUAAAAAAAAAGAAAAAAAAAAAGGUUGAGUUUAAACUUCCAGAGUAUACAGAACCAACUACUUCUGAUAAAGAAAAAAAUACUGUUUUAUAUUUAUCUAAUAGAGGAACUAAAUUUACAUUAAAAGAAAUAAUUGAAUAUAAAGAAAAUGAGAAAGUAUUUAAGAAUUUAGAGAAAGGAUAUGCUAUUUUUUAUAAAAAUUCCACAAAGGCUGAGCUAAGAGAUAAUAUUUAUAAUGUAGAUACAUAUGAAUAUAAGGAUUUUAUAAAUGCUCUACAUAUUUUAUUUAAAGAAAGCAAUGAAAAAUAUUACACAAUAAAUAAUAUACCUAAGGAAGAUUUAAUAUUUUUUUUUAAACGUUUAUAUAUAAAUGUCUACUAUUCUUUAAAAAGGUACUUAUUUUUUAUAGGAUAUAAUUUUGAUGACUACGUUUAUUCUGUUGAUAAUUUUUCAUUAGAUAAAUUUUUAAAUGAUUAUUUUUUUCUAACUGAUAGCAAUUAUGGUGAUAAUGGAUCAUUCGAAAAUAUAAUAAAUAAAAUCAAGUAUUCAACUACUGCAAAGGACAAAUUAAGUUUAAAAAAAAUAGAAGAAUCGAUUAAAAACUUUCUGAGUAUGAAUAAUUUAAAAGUUUUAGAUUUAAGAUUAUUUCAUCAUUUGUUUUCAAGAAAUUAUAUUUUAAAUUAUAGUGAAAAUGAUUUAAUUAAAUUUACAACGGAUAUUGUAAACAUUACACAAAUAGGCAUAUCUCCACGAAUUAUUGCUGCAAUUUUAAAAUAUUUAUUAGAAAAAAUAAAUAUAACUCUAAUGCCUUUAUAUCCAACACACUCAAAGUAUGAUUAUAGGCUAUUAAUUGAAAACAACGAUUUAUUAAUAUAUACAGAAAUGAUAUAUAGAGAUUUUUUAAAAAACUUUCACACAUAUGAUUUAAUAAGAAAUGAAAUUUAUCCAAGAAGUUUUGAUGAAAUAUUUCAACAAAAUCCAUGGUUAUAUGAAAUACAUUCUGAUUUUGAUAGUACAUACGAUUUUUUAUCAAUAAAAUAUAGCCUAAUUUUAUCUGAUAAUAUAAUGUUGAUGCUAGGUAAUUAUUUCAAUGGUAAUGAAAAAAUUAGAGGAUUGAUAAAAAAACACAAAGAAUCAUCAAAAAUUGAUACAUUAGAUAAAUUUUUAAAUGAACUGAUAAAUUUAUUUGAAAAGGAAAAAACCUCCAUCCCUCCAAUAGCAGUAAUGGGACAUUCGGAAAGGCCUGUUGAAAGAAGAUUAAGCGAAUUACAAGCACAUGAAGAGGUAGAAGAAGAAGAAGAAAGAAGAGAAAAUUUAAUGGAAAAAAUAAAAAAAAAAGAGGAAUUAAGAAAAAAAAUAGAGUUAGAAUUGGAAGAAGAAAGAAAAAAAAAGUUACAAGAAAUAAUAGAAAAAAAGCAAAAAGCUGAACAAGAAGAAGAGGAAUUAAAUGAUAAAAAAGAAAAAGAAGAUGAAGCAGCAAUUAAAAAAUUAGAAGAAGAAGAAGAAGUAGCUGAAGUGUUACAAGAUGCAACUUUUGAUAGAGAAUAUGAAGAAGAUUAUAAAUCAGAAUUAGAAUUUGCAAAAACACGUAAGGGUGCUGGUAUAGAUGAUGAUGCACCUGAAUUUUUAAAAGAAGCUUUGGCUAAAAGAGAACCUGAUUCAUUUUAUUAUAAUCAUGCAAAAAGUUUCUUAAAAAAAAAAAUUGAGGAAGUUUAUAAUACCCAUGUAAAUUCUGGAUAUAAAUUUGUUACAGAUCUAGGUAGGAAAAUGGAAGAUAUAAUUUACGAAUUAGAGGUAACUGUUUAUCCUGAUUUUGACGAAGUUAAAGAGGAAGUAAUACAAAAUUGUAACGAAUCUUUUGAUAAAUUGAAAGGUAAAAUUAAGGAUAAAGAAAGUCAAAAAAAUAUAGAUACUUAUAAAGGAGAAAUUGAAUCAGAAUUUACUGAAAUUCAAAAAAAAACAGAUGAAAAAUAUGUAAUAAUGGAAAAUUUAUUCAUAGAAAAGCUAAACAAGUAUAAAGCUGAUACUGUAAGUUUAUGUAACAAAAAGUUUUAUAGUAAUUUCAGGAAAAAUUUAGGAAAAAAAAAAAUGAAAAUGUUAGAAGAAUUCAGAUAUUUUUACAAAUAUUCACUUAGAUUUGUAAAAGAUUUAACUAAAAUUGAAGAGACAGAAUAUUCAAAAGUGCUUACAGAUAUAUAUUCAGAAAACAAAACUAAAUAUAAAGAGGAGUAUUCAAAAAGCAGAAGAUUAAUAGAAAAGAGUUUAGAUGCCGCAUAUAAAUAUGAACUAAAUGAACACUUCAAAAAUGUAGAAGCUAUUGUUGAGAAGAAUAUUCAAGAAGUUAGAAAACAUGUCGUAAGUAAAGUAGAUCAUAUAAUUAAAGAACUACAUAAUGAAAUGCAUGUUGAAUUACGAAUAGAAAGGAUAAGACUUAACAAUGAAAAAAAAAAGAUAAUUGAAAAGUUUAAUAAAUUAGUUCAGGAUGAUAAAAAAUUACCAGAAGAUUUAAAAGUAUUGGAAAGUAACUUAAGUGGAAUUUCUAGUGAUACUCCUGGUAAAGCAGAAAAAGAAAUGGCAUUAAAUAAAGAAAUAGGAGUUUUAAAAGAAACAAUGGAAACAAAUAAAAAGGAAUUAAUUAAAUGUCGAUCAGAUUUUAACACCAUUUCAGAAGAACUUGAUAAAAUAAACAAAAAAAUAGAUAUUAUAUAUGAACAAAAUAGAAAUUUUAUGUUAAUGAAAUAUGAUAUUAUUAAGGAGUAUAAAGUGAGUAAAGGAAAAACUGAAAUAUUUGUAGUAAAUUCAGACAAAGUGUCUGAUAUAUAUAGAUCUAUAGAAAACAUAGUUAAAGAUUCCAUUUUGACUUUAGAUGAAUUAAAAUUCGAAGAAAAUGAUUUGAAGAAAAAAAUAGAAAUACUUCAAGAAAAAAUAGAAGAUACUACUUUGGAUAUAGAAAUUAGAGAAAAAUUAUUUGAAAAUUUUUCUGAUGGAGAAAAUACUACAAAAUAUGAUUUGAAAAAAAAAGAAUUAGUAGCUUUAACUACUGAAAUAAAUCAAUUUAAAGAAAAAUUGGAGAUAUCAGAAGUAAAAAGAGAAAUCAUAUUGGAUGAAUUACAUUAUUUGACUCGUGAUAGUAUAUCUGAAAUACCUGACUCUUUGAAAAUACUGUUACCAAAAGAAUCAGAUAUAAUUGAAAACAAACCAUUUGAAGACUUCAUUGAAUCACUUAAUGCUGAAUUAGGGGCAGAAAAUAAUGCAUUUAGGAGAUUAGUUAUGACAUUUGAUGAAUAUGUACAUGAUUAUGAUGACGACCUAAUUUUUGUUUAUAAUUUCUUAAAAGUUUUAAAUGAUGAAAACAAUAUGAGAGAGAAAUUUGAUGCUGGUUUCCAUAAGAUUCUUAAUACACAUUUUGAAAAAGUGACGGGAUUUUACAAUGAUCUUAAAAAUUAUUUUGAAUUGAGAAAAAAAGCAGAACUGGAAGAAGAUGACAAAGAUACAUUAAAUUAUUUAGAAAGAAAUAUUAUUCAUUUAGAAGAUUUUUUAGAAAAAAUGAGAAAUGGUGUUCAUAUUCCUGAUUUAAGCUACAUUAUAACAAACAAUGAUAUUUUUACUAAACAAAUAAAAAAUGAAAAACCAGAAUUACUUGAAGCUUAUACACCAUUAUUAGCAAAAUAUAAGGAAUUAGAAAAAGAAGGAAUUGCAAUCAAUGAAAAUUAUGAUGAACUAAUUUUUUAUGAAAAUAAUUAUAAUCUUGAUUCAGAAAAAGUAGUUUGGUACAAAGGAAUUUUAAAAAAAUACUUACAAAGAUCUAAAAAUUUAUAUCAGAAGUCUUAUGAUCAUAACGAAAUAUCAAGAGUAGACAUAACAGGUAUAAUGGAUAAAAAAGUAGAAGCAUAUUUAGCAAAACCAAUAUUAUUGCAAUAUGGAGGUGAUAUAUGGGGAGAACCCUAUGAGAAAAGGCAUUUAAGAGUAAUUGUAGAUGAGAGAAAAUUUCCUUAUGUUUUGAAGGAAAUAAAAGAUGAUUACGUUUUAGAUAAAAUAAUUAAUACUAAUUUGAAAAAAAUAAAUAAAUUAAAAGAUUUAAAAGAUUAUAUGAACGUAAAAUUAUAUAAUAUCAUAGAAGAAAAAGAUAAAAAGUUAUAUUUAUUUGAAAAAUCUGAAAUUGAUGAGCUCAAAUUAAUAAAUCAUGAAGGAAAAUUAAUUGAAGGUAAUUUAAAAAAUUUGUUUUCUCAUAUAGAAUUUCCAAAUAUAAAUUUGAAAAUGUACAGAAUAAUAGAUUCAUUAUCAUCGUUUAUAAAAAAUACACAAUUUAGUUAUGAUUCCAUAAUAGAAAUUAUAAAAUAUUUAAAAUCAAAUAAAAAGGAAAUUCACAUUAGAGAUAUAAUAAGUCUUAGUGAAAUUAUAUUGGAAAAUUCAAAUAUUUUUUUCAUUCGAUCGGAUGUUUUAACCAUUUAUAUUUGUUCUAUUUUAGAAUUAUUGGGAAUUGAAGUCAAAACUAAAGAUAUCCAAGAUAAAGAUAUUAAAUCGAGAGUUUUAAUUUAUGUGAAUUUACUUAAAAGUUAUCAUUAUGAAAAAGUAAGAAUAAGAGAUGAAAUUAAAGAUUAUGUUAUUAAAUAUUUGAUCCCUAAAAAGGAAUUUGAAGUUUUAAAUUAUAGCCCACAAUUAUAUGAUUUUAUAUUAGCCAUAAAUGAAAGCUUAGAUGGUAAUCCAAAAAUUUAUGAAACGUUUAAGGAGAAAUCUCAUGAGUUUCAUUCAAAAAUAGUUUAUGCUAUCAAAAAAGGAAUUGAAGAUUUUAUGGUUCAUGUAAUUACAACAAUAAUAAACGAUAACCCAAAAUUGAAAGAAGAGGAAUAUUUUGAUGAUAAUUAUAAUAAUAUAGAAAGAGAUAGAUUUAAUUAUUCCAAUUAUGUUUGGAAGAGAGUAGAUUUAGAUGAAGUAUUAACUCUUUAUUUUUAUGUUAUAAAUCCAGGACUUAGAAUUCUUCUACAUAACUAUUUUAUAAAAGCUGACAUUGAGUGUUGGAGAGAAUAUGAAAAUUUUGAUUUUAAGGAGCUAUUAUUCUUUUUAAAUAGUGAAACAGUAAAGGAAGAUUUUAAAACUUAUAUGAAAUCACUCAAUUUUUUUGAAAUACCUCCGUUAGUUAUCCUUUUGAGAUUUUUUUUUGAUGUGAAAUUUAAACAUUUAUUUACAUUUGAUAAAAUAAAAGAAGUUAUUGAACCUUAUCUUUCUAGUCAAAUAUUUAAUGAAAACACUAAACUUAUGAUAGCUAAACUUAUAUAUUCCUUUUUCGUUAGAUUGAAUUAUCAUUCUGUAUCUUUCUUCGAUAGUGAUUUAAUUAAACUUAUAGAUAAAAGUGAUAUAAAAAUAUUAAAUCUAUUUCACAAUGUUUUAAAUAAAAUAAAUUAUAUUUUGUAUUGUAAAAAUGAAAAAUUAUAUUUAGAAAGAUAUGCACCAACCAAUGUAUUAUCUAAUAAAUCCUUUAAAUUAGAUGCAUUAAAAAUUUUCCAUGAAUUCUUAUCUACACUACCUGAAUAUAUAAAGCGUCCAUUAGUCAAUUUUUUUGAAACUGAUUUUAUAGAAACAUUAACUGAUCUAUUAUCUGAUUUUUUUAAGUAUGCAAAAACAUAUUUAGAUAUAGGUACAAACAUAGAUUCAUUUGAAUCAGAAGAUUCUAAUAAGAUUGAAACAUUUUUUAAAUUAAGUUAUGUUUUUAGCAAAAAUAAAAAUAUCAUUGAAGACACAUAUGAGAAACUAAUUGAAAAUAAGCCAUACUUCAAGGAUAUGCCUAUUUUAUAUUCUAGAAAAAUAAAGUAUGAUCAUUCUAAUGAAAAACUUAUAUAUGAAAAUGAAUUAAAGUUAGAAGAUAUAUUUGACGAAAAAUCACUCAAAUUAUUAUUGGAAAUGUUAUUCAAAGAACAUUUUACAUUUUCAGAUUUGAAUAAAAUGUUUGGUGAAUUUAUGAAAAAAAAUAGUUUUGUAUUCCCUAAAUUUGAAAAAUUAAAACAAAAAAUAAUUCUAGAUGGAAAUGAGAAAUUUUAUUUGAAUAUUUAUAAAUAUCUUUAUGAUAAAUUUCAACUUUUAAAUAUUCCACAGCCAAUACAUGAAUUAUUUUAUCUGUUUAUAAAAAAACUAUUAGAUUACUCUCUCACUCCUAUAAAAUUAAUAGAUGAUGAAUUGCAGGAAUCUUUUAACACUGAAAUACAAAAUAAAUAUCUUAGAUAUUGUAACUUCUUGGAUAAUUUGUUUAAAUGCUUAUUUAAUUUUUAUUAUUAUGAUGAAUCAUAUCAUUGUGAAUCAUUUGGAUUUUUUACUAAUGAAGAGGUGCCACUUGAACAAAAACUUUUAAAACUUAUGCAAACACCAUUUAUAGAUAUACCUGAACCUACAAAACAUAAUCCUUUACAAGAAGAAUAUAAGAUUGAUAAUGAUCAAAUAAAUUUAGAUUUCUUAAAACAGUUUAUUCCAUCCAGUGAAUCUAUGGAAAAAGAAGAAAUUGAUGCAGAAAUUUUCAAAUUAAGAUAUUUUGUUAUAGAAAUUACGAAAUUCAUAUUACGCACUGUAUUAUCAAAAAUGCCUCCUGAUUAUUUAAUAGACAUGGAAUAUGAUACUUUGAAUAUGGAUAUAGAUGAUAUAAUUUCAAAUAUGCAUUCAUUUUUUAAAGAAGUUCGCAAAAUUAAAGAACCUGAUGAACCAGAAGUACCUUUAGUACCUGACUCAAAAGGAUCUGUAAGCAACUUUAACAAUAAUAGUGAUGGAAACGUUAAAUUUGAAAAUCUAAAAUAUUAUUUUAAUAAUUAUUUAAUAGAAUAUUUUUUAAAAAACAAUAUGAUAUUUAAACAUUUUAGUGAUUUUAUCAAAAAUAUUGACAAAUUUAAACAAUAUUUUCCCACUUUAUCUGAAUUAUAUUUAUUUGUUGAUAAGCGCGUUAAUAUUAUCAAUUCCCUUCAUAAUCCAUACUAUACAAAAAUGGCAAAAACACAAACUAUUAUUCAAAUUUUUGUAGAUACUUUUAAAAGUUUUGGAAUAGAACUUUAUGAAUUAUAA